GCACUCGGCAGAGGUCUGCGUUGCUCAGCACUCAAAAUGCCGAGGUUACUUAAGCUGUUACCCUUCCUGCCAUAAGGUGCUGGACUAGGACAUAAACAUGUUCCACUGCAGACACCCAAGCCUUAGCAAAAGAGGAGGGAUAUGGGGAUUGUGCAUCCUCUUGCUUUACACCAGCCCCCUUUCCUGUUUUGCGAAUUUCAGCCAGGCGAAAGAGCUGAUCUAUAAGAUAAAGGAAGGAUUACCCAGGGGGACUUUUAUUGGGGCCAUUGGAGUAGACUUAAAUUUGGAUUUCACUGUGAAGCCCCCCUUUUUAUUCAGUCUCCCGAAAAAGAAGGUCAGUGGACAGUAUGUUAACCUAAAUAAUACCACCGGGGAGCUUUAUACCUCUGCUACGGAGAUUGACAGGGAGAACUUCUGCCCAUAUCACUCAGACGGACGGGGCUGCUUCCUCUCACUGGAUGUGUUUGUGUUGCCCCAGCAGUACUUUCAGCUGGUCAAAGUUAAGAUCUUCAUCGAGGAUGUGAAUGACAACAGACCCAAGUUCCCCGUGGAUGAGAUCCGUAUAUCUGUCCCAGAAAACACCCCAAUCAAUGCUCGUUAUGCAGUGGAGCAGUCAGCGGUGGACCCGGACCUUGGCGUUCACGGAGUGCAGACCUACUGGCUGGUCAACGACUUUGGAAUGUUCACACUGGAUGUUGAGGAAAAUGAGGGCGGUGAGUUGACACCCUUCCUCAUUGUGAUAGAGGCGUUGGACAGAGAGACCCAGGCUGAGUACAUUACAGAUAUCAUUGCAGAGGACGGAGGGACCCCUCCUCUGCUUGGAGCGGCGACGUUGAAAAUUGUCAUCACAGAUGUGAAUGAUAACUGCCCCCAAUUCACAGAGUCGCAAAUGAACGUCACUUUGCAUGGGAAUGCCACCAAAGGGGCGACUUUGGCACGUCUGAACGCUUUUGACCCUGACCUUGGUGCUAAUGCUCAGAUCAGCUAUGCUUACAGUGAACGCGUGCCAAGGGACGUCAGGAGCUUGUUCCAUUUGGACAGAAUCACAGGGUUUAUCAAGCUAGCAGGGAAAGUAGACACUGGCACAGCCACGUUUUACAAACUCACCAUUUUGGCCAAUGGACCUGGUUGUAUCCCUGCAGUAGCUACUGUUUUUGUCUAUUUAAUCAAAGUUGUCACAGGACCCCCCGCUGUCAUACCCCGAUAUAUUGCACAAGAAAAGGACGGGGUGGUGACCAUAAAGGAGUCUGAACCAGAGUUUACUCCAAUCGCUUUUUAUACUGUCAAAAACAUUGCUAUGAACCAAAGGGUAGAUUGCCAUUUGGAAGGUUCCGGCCCCUUCAGGCUUGUGCCCUAUCAGCUUUUAAAAAAUGAAUACCUGUUGGAGACUACAGAGCCCUUGGACUAUGAGAAGACCCGGGAGUACGAGCUUAUUGUGGUUGCCAAAAAUUCUCAUGAACUUGUCAUCAAGACCUUUCUCAAGGUGCAGGUUUUGGAUGAGAAUGAUAACGUACCAGUGUUUCAACAGUCUUGGGUGGAAAUAUCUGUGGAGGAGAACAAUCCACCAAACACCUUUCUGACCCAGCUCCAAGCUACAGACCAGGACAGCGAAAGCAGAGGGGAAGUCAUCUACCUCCUUGGCGGUAACGCCCCAGGGAUCUUCGUUGUUGAUCGCCUGACCGGUGUCCUGACUGUAACCACAUCGCUUGACCGCGAGGAGAAGGAGACGUACCGGUUCAUAGCGAGAGCGGUGGAUCAGGGAACGCCCAGGAGGGAGUCCAUUGCAACUGUGGUGGUGAGCGUGCUGGACCGCAAUGACAACAGUCCGCGCUUCAUCAACAAGGACUUCACGUUCUUUGUGCCCGAGAACUUCCCGGGGUACGGUGAAAUCGGGGUCCUCUCUGUGACAGACGCCGAUGCAGGGGAAAAUGGUUGGGUCGCCCUUUCCAUCCUCAAUGGCAGCGACAUCUUCAUGAUAGACACAGGCCGAGGUGCACUGAGGGCAAAGACAUCACUCGACCGCGAGCAACAAGGGACAUACCAGCUGUGGAUUGAGGCCGUCGAUGGUGGAGAGCCUGCGCUUUCUUGCGUCACUACGGUGACUGUGCUGCUGGUGGAUGUAAAUGACAAUCCCCCUAUUGUCCUCUUCCCCCAGUCCAAUCAGUCUUACAUGCUGGUUCUACCUGAUACACUACCGGGGACAUCAAUAACAGAGGUCUACGCUGUGGAUAAGGACACGGGCAUGAAUGCUGUGAUUGCCUACAGUAUCGUUAAGAGGAAAGGUGGCGAGCCAGGUUCCUUCGCCAUUGACCCAGAAACAGGAAAUAUCACAUUAAAGAAGGAGCUUAGCAUCCGGGGCCUAUACAGACUUCUGGUCAAGGUCAGUGACCAUGGUCACCCUGAGCCACUUUACUCAACAGUGAUGGUUAACUUCUUUGUCAAUGAAACAGUGAGCAACGAGAGCUACAUACACAGCCUUCUGACCAGGGAGGCUGAAAUCGAGGUAGAGGAGAGACCCUGGUACAAAGGCCAGAUGACAGAGGGGCCUGAGAGGUAUGAGUUGUUCCCCUGUCAGCCUCUCCUCAUUGCUCUGUCAGUGACAUGUCUGGGGCUGUUCUUCUCAGUUGUCACACUGACAUCUUACAUAUGCUGUAGGAGAUUUAAAAAAAGAAAAAGAAAGAAAAGAUCUGAGGUUGAGAUACCUUUGAAAAUAUAAAGUGGCUCAAUGCAAGUGGUGAAGUGAAAGAUAAGGCGAAUCUCAAACAUCUGAUAUUCAGUUGUCCAAACCAGCACUGUUUACAUGAACGUUUACAAAAGUCACUGUGAGAAGCGUAGUUCUCACAUCAAGAUGCUCUCUUUGCUUUGGUCAUAUGAUUGUUGGUACUGCAGUUUAGCGAGAUUUGAUUAAUAUGCCACACGGUUUUGCCAUUAGAGAGGGCACACGGCAUCAAGCUCUAUUUUAAUUUUUAUAAAAUCUAUUAAGCAUGACACGCAUCUAGAAAGAAAACCUAGGCAAGGAAUACGUUUGUAUUGGCUUCAAAGUUGUAAAAGCUUUAUUACAAAGUCAUGGAGCACUCAGUGAAGAUAAUGCAAUCAAAGAUCUUAUGUAAAUAUUGUAAAGAAAUGUUUUACAACUUUAUAUACAACUUCUGCAUUCUGCAAGGACAUUAGACAGUUCAAGGCACAAUAAAUGUGCUUUAUUAGAAAAAAUGCAUCAAAAAGUAAUUGUUAUAAAAAUGAAAAGGUAGUCACAGUUGGAAGUUGGCAUUUAAAUAUUUACCUAUCUAAAAUACAUUUUAGCUAUAUGUGUAAAGUAUAUUUAAAAACAUGCAAAAAUGCAUUACUUUAUUCAGGUCAUCGUAAUGCUGUUAUAUUGGGAGAACUCGAUGUGUCAAUUUACAUCAAACUGUUCAGUAUAUAUACAUAUCUACAUCUACUGCAUAGCUAACAGUAUAGUCACACCCACAAAUUCUUACAAACAGCACGUGGACCAUAGGAGAAAAAUCUUUACUACAUGUACACUUCACAAUCUCAUCGGUCUAAAUUGCGUUUUGCCUUCUUUGGCCUAAUUAUAAAGGAUGUACAUUCCAGGGCAUAAACGUUGAUGUAUGAGUGAUAUACUGUUAAAUGAGGUUGAACGCCCCUGGGGAAAAGCUAUAAAGUGGUCCUUGAGUUGAGAUUUUCUUUUGCAUGACAUCAGAGAGCAAUGGUUCAUAACAAGAUGCCCUACUUUCUCUGCAGGCUAACAGUAGUUACUGAUCAUGCAAGACAAACUUUUAAAAGCCCUCUCAGUACAGCAAAGACUCCCAUAUUUGCAUUACAACAAUUUGAAAUGUGUCCAAACUUUUUUGUGAUGAACCUGCUUCAAGGUGCAUACAUAACUUUAACAUUCUUUAUCCAAACAUAAUGUUCUUAAUGUGUCUGUGAAAAGGUAUUUAUGAAAGAAAGUAAUUAUUAAAGAUGCUCUAUUUUUAUUAAAAAAGCUGGAUA